AUGACAUUUAAAGAAUUCGCCAAUCACGUAGAUAAGGUAUCUGCAACGAUUAACCACUGUAGCAGCUCACAUGUCAAGAAGAACCGAUUGAAAAAGAAGAGGAAACUUGAAAGAAGUUAUACUCUUAACUACAACAUCGUAUGGAUGGAUCCCAGGUCUCCACAAUACAAACUCCUAGAGCCAUCUAGCGGUAGAGGUGGAAUACUGCAAGAUGGGACGAGGCCCAUUGAAAAAAUGUGUUCUGGAAGCACGGGCUUUCGUUCCUCUGUGACUCCUCCUUUAAAUCCCACAACAGGCUGGAAUUCUUUUGGUUUUUACCAUGAAUCCCGUGGAAGUGCAGAAAGAGAACGAACUGGAGUUUUACCUGAGGCGUCCGGAUACUCUACAAACCAAUUCCAAACGGCAGACAAUCAUAUAUCUUCAUUCUCUAGUCACUGUCAGAACACCUAUGAUCGAAGCGAAUACUCAACAUGCUCUCCAAUAUAUCAUCACUGGCCUUUAGACUACCCUUGGGGGUCACCUGCGUACCCAGGCCAGGUAGAGCCGCUUUACACAGAACAAAAAUUAAGCCUUGCCAAGCCUCACUUUGGUAAUUCACAUUGCUAUGGAGUAUCUUCUGGGUCACUUCAAGGAGGAAUGCACACAGUCCCAAGAGCUUUAGCAUUAGGGUUCCCAUAUUUGUGUCCAAAGACAUCCACGAGACAGAGAAAAAAGAGAAUUCCAUACAGCAACCAUCAAAAAGCUGAGCUGGAAAAAGCUUUUGAAAAAAAUCGUUUCCUCACCCCCGAAAUUAGAUUAAACAUUUCAUCAAAACUUGCUCUGACAGAAAGACAGGUCAAAAUAUGGUUUCAAAACCAAAGGCAGAAGGAAAAGAAACUUCUUCGCGUGCAGCAACACAUGAAUCCAAACUCGCCGUGA